AUGACUGAUAACGCUAUCUCGAAACUUGAGUCUCUUCCAAAUGAAAUAUUAUUGGAAACUCUACAAUUAGAAAAUUCUCAUAAUCUUAUUUUGACAUGGUACAAUUUGAAUACUCGUUUAAACAGUUUAAUUGAACAAUUGCAUUCGAUCGAUUUAUCCAGUAUAUCAUACGCAUAUUUUUUGAGCUAUUGUUCUCUGUUAAUUAAUCGUCAACACCAAGUAUCAUCAUUAAAAUUAUCUAAUGUUGAUAGCAGUGAACAAAUUUCCUUAUUUUUAAGCAAAUUUCCAUUACAAAACUUUCACCAUCUACGAUCAUUGUCACUCAUUGAAGUGAAACAAGUUGAAAUAAAUGAAGUUAUUUUAAACUUACCAAGUUUAAAUCACCUAUUAUAUUUAUUAAUUGACUGUCAUACAACAUAUUAUGAGGAAGUUUUGUUAAAUGAUAUUACUUCAACAUCAUUGCGCUCAUUAACCCUUAAGUCAACUAAUGCAAUUCACUAUAAUUGGUCAAACGUUGGUCGAUUAUGCCCUAAUUUAGAAUCUUUAAAUGUAAAUUUCUUUAUUUAUGUUGAUCAAUUAGUCCAAUUGCUUUCUUCUGUUCCAAAUUCUUUAAAAAAAUUAUCAAUUGCUCUGAGAGGAGAUAAUAAUUACUCAAAUAUAAAACCAUUCAAUGAUCUGUCUCUAUUAAAUAUUAACACAAAAAUCGAAAAUUUGUACAUUUCUCUAGGUCCAGAUGUUUCAUUUAGUGAUUUUAAAUUACUAAUAAAACAGUUUAAGCAUCUAAAGAAAUUAUCCACAGAAAUGAGUUUACCUUGGAAUAUUAGAAAUACUGAAAGUUCUUUGAAUGGCUAUGAAUGGGUACAGAUAAUUUCAGAACAUUUACCGAAUUUACAUACAUUUAGUUUACGUGUUGAAACAUACAAGGAGCAUUGGAACGAUCAAGUAUCACAUUCAUUUAACACUGAUUUUUGGGUUAAACAUCGUUGGUAA